AUGGCUUCUCAGGUGUCAGUCGCUACCGUUCGGAAGCAUCGGCUAAUGGAGAUUGUAAAAAGUGUUCAAGUAAACAUCCCAGCGGAGUCCGGCGAGAUGGGUGUCCUUGCCAACCACGUCCCGAGCAUUGAGCAGCUGCGUCCUGGGUUGAUCGAAGUUAUUGAGGAGCAAGGCGGGAGCAAGUCAUACUUCACCAGCGGAGGCUUUGCCGUGGUACAGCCUGGUUCAGAACUGUCGGUCAACUGUGUUGAGGCAUACGCAUUGGAGGAUUUCAGCGCAGAGGCGGUUCGGAAUCAGAUCGCAGAAGCACAAAAGAUUGCAGGCGGUUCUGGCAGCGAGCAGGACAUCGCAGAGGCGAAAAUCGAACUGGAGGUUUUGGAGAGUCUUCAGGCCGCGAUGAAAUAA